UUUUUACGACGAAAAUUGUAAACAUUGCACCACAAAAAGAGACAAUCAGCACGAAAUUCGAUAAGAAUUCACGUAAAAUCCAAAGUUCCUUCCAUCAAAAAAGCUUUUUUCGAUGAAUUUAUCACGUUUUCUGAGCCUGACAAGCGCAAAUUGUCGCCAAAUCACGUCCAGCAGUUAUCAACUUUCGCAAAAUUCAUCUCUGAACCGCCGUUUAUCGACAAAUCUCAAUGUCGUUCGUCGUUUCACGGAAAAAGUAGCCCGGAAUUGUUGGAAAUGUGAAGCUACCGGCGUCGAAAACAGCGUCAUGUGCGGGAAAUGUGGCGCUCUGACGUCUCCUGACACAUCCAGAAGCUACUUCAGUCUUUUAAAUGUCUCAGAAUCGUUCGAUGUGAACAGUUCCAAGUUAACGGAGAACUUUCGGCAGCUCCAAAGUGUCGUUCAUCCCGAUAAAUUCAGUAACAAGUCAGAAAUGGAACAAAAACACGCGAUGGAUUGGAGCUCAUUGCUGAAUAAAGCUUACUCAACACUUUCGACGCCCUUUAAAAGAGCCGAAUACAUGCUCUCGAUCAAAAAUGUUACAAUUCCUGAAAGAAAUGAGACAUUAGAUCCGGAAUUUUUGAUGGAAAUGAUGGAAAGAAAUGAAGAAAUUGCCGAAUUUGAGACGAGAAAAGAGUUUGACGAAUAUCUGGAGAAGCUAAAAACGGAGCUGGAUGAUUUAUAUAAGGGUUUCGCGAAGUUGCUGGAACAAAAUGAGACCGAAAAUGCCCUUAAAGCCUUAAUUAGGAUCAGAUACGUGAAUAAUUUGGAGAAAAAAAUUAAGGAAAAGUUGUAUGAGUUGAAAGAUUAGCGAAGAUUUUUACGUGUGUGAUAUUUAUUUUUAUUAAAAUAAAAUUAUUAAUUAAUUAAUUUUAGGCAAGUUUAAUUUUUAAAAAUAUUUCACAUUUUUUUAGAGCCAAAAAUAUUUUUUAGGAAAAAAAAUUAAGAGUUUUAAAAAAAACACUUUAA